CAAACUCCGAAACUUUAUUGGAUAGGUUGUUCUGACUCGAGAGUUUCAGAGACUUUGUUGAUCGAGGCAGAGCUAGGAGAGGUUUUUGUUGAACGAAACAUUGCCAAUCUUUUCAAAGCCGAGGACGCACGUACAUCAGCCGGAAUGGAAUAUGCGAUUCAUUCUCUUAACGUAUCCCAUGUAGUUCUUGUUGGACAUGAAGGUGAUGUUGGAGAGCAGGCUAUUGUUGACUGGAUUGCGCCUAUCCGACAAAUGGCGGUGGAUAUGCUUCAACGUAUAGGAGGUACAAGUGCUCAAAGGUCUCCGACGGCCCAAGAAUAUCGAAAGCAAUUGAGUACCCUGGUCGAACUCAAUGUUUUUCAACAAGCACGAAACAUUUUAACUUCACCUGUGGUCAAAGACGCAAAACGUCAGGGCCGCUCUAUCUGGGUCUACGGUUGGAUUUAUGAUAUUGAAACUGGAAAAAUUAGACAAGUAUUAUCGGAAUCAUCUUUGUAA